UCCUGUCACCACAAACGGACGGGUAAUGAUCGAUCGAUGGAUCGCCCGCCCGCCAGAAGACAAUGAUCCACGAUCUCUUGCUGCCUGCAGCUUUCGUCCCUCCCUCUCGGCGCCCCUGACAAGGUGGAGGAGUAGAGUCGAGUGGCCCAGACGCCGUCUCGCACAUUUUUGAAGCCUUGUGUCUGUGCUCUCGUCGUCCGAGCUAGGUCGCCCUCACCCUCGCCCUCGCACUCGCACUCGCCAUCCCGACCUUCCCAGCAGCGUUGCAAGACUCGGCGAUUUGUGCUGUCGGUGCGGAGAAAUGGCGAUGAGGCAAUUCGCAGCUCAGGCAGCCACCGCCCUUAGGGUACGCUGCGCACCGGCCUCCAUCCAUGCAGGCUUCCCCGUCUCUGUGGCCCGUGCAUUCUCCACGGUCGUGGACUCCCUGAAGUACGCCACAAGUCACGAGUGGGUGAAAAUUGACGGGGAAACGGCAGUUAUCGGCAUUACUGACCACGCUCAGUCCGAGCUUGGAGACAUUGUCUUUGCCGAAAUCAAAGGAGCAGUUGGAGAUUCCAUCACAGCUAAUGACUCCUUCGCUAGCGUGGAGAGUGUGAAGGCAGUCAGUGAUGUAAUGGCUCCAGUGUCUGGAGAAAUCUUGGAAAUCAACGACACACUGAAGAACGAACCUGGAGCGAUUAACGAGAGCCCGUUCGAGAAGGGCUGGUUUGCCAAGGUGAAGAUGUCAAACCCAUCAGAAGUAAACCAAUUGCUCGACAGCAAGGCCUACGAGGCUCACGUCGAGGCGAACGCCCACUAAGUUAAGAGGUUGCCUGCUAGUUAGAAAUCUGAUUGCAGUUCACGAUGAUUCGUCUCUCCUGGUGUUUUUCUCUUCAAAUCCCAAUUUCCGGAGACAACCUUGUGAAUGGACAUACAGGACAAUUUGUCACAUUCAUGAAACGUUCCAGAACUCUGACGGACGCUUUCAGGGCUUUUGAGAUAAGUAGAAGAUAGUCCUUUAAUACACUUCUGAUCUUUCAACCGAGGAUUAAAAGGUGCAGGCGAUGUGACUAGGCCUGACAGCCAGUCAUUGUUUCACUGGUCUCUAGCAAUCCCGAGCUUAAAUUAGAAAGAUUGAAAGCAGCAGAGUUGAAGGCACUGAAAUUUGACGUGCGCUUUACAAGUUUGUACUUCUAUUGAAUGUAAAUUCGAUGUGCAGCUAUUUCACUCCUGAUGUGCCUUA